AUGUGGCCACAUAUUCAGCAAAGUGUACUUGUAUUUAAAAAAUGUGAAAGAUGCCAGGUGGUAUUUGUUAAUAUAAUAGAUAACACUUAUUAUUUUUUUUAUCAGUUACAAGUCGCACUUCAAACUGGUCAACCACAACCAAAUUUCGACAAUGGCAAUUUAGUGUUUCCAAACGAAGAUGAUAUCGAUGCGGCUCUAACGGACUUACAGACCACCUUGGAAGGUUCCACCAUCAACUCCCAGACCAACGACAUUACGCAAGUUCCAGAGUUGUACGACGAAUUACGAUUUUUGAAACCAAAACGUUUUACGCUGAAGGCGUUUAAAAAGUACUGGUUUACUUGUCGUGACCUGCACUUGUACCUGUAUAAAAGUAGAGAAGAGAUGAUUCAUCAUGGUAAUCCGGCACACUCCAUAAAUUUGAAAGGAUGCGAAGUUACUCCAGAUGUGAAUAUAAGCCAAAAUAAAUACGGAAUCAAAUUGGAGGUACCGAGUUCCGAAGGAAUGUCAGAAAUGUACAUUCGAUGCGACAAUGUAAGUGCUCGAUCCUUUAUGUAA